AUGAUAGCCACUUUAUGGAAAAAUAGUACCUAUAACGCUAAAACUUUAUACCCUUUAACCUCUAUUUCACUUUUCACAAUAUACUACUAUAUCAGAAAACUCAAAAAAAACAUUUCCUUAGAACCUUUAUCUCAACCAGGAAGGCCAAAAAGACUUUCUCCUAAAAAACGUCAUCACCUUGAAAAACUUGUUUCAGCAAACAAAUUUUCUACAUGUGCUGAACUGGCAAAUAUUUUAAACGAGAAGUAUACCAACCUCGAUAUAAGUAAAAGAACUGUACUCAAUGAACUUUACAGUCUUAAUUAUAUUA